CCCCAUCACGGACUCUUGUCCUCAACGUAUUUGUCAUUCUUGGCAGCAUAUACAAAUACCUAUUUAGUACACAACUCUCUUUGGUCGCCUCAAUUUUUCAUCAACUCAGACUCACCUUUGAGGAGCCAUGAGCCAAUACAAUCAACAACAUCAAGCUCCUGUAGCACACCCACCACCUCCAACUUCGUAUCCUCCACCAGCCGAUAGCUACAAUGGUCCAUAUGUGAUGGCGCCACCACCCAUGGGUUAUCCUACAAAGGAUGACAGGAACCAAGGGCAAGUACCAAUGGAGACUACAAGCAGAGGAGAUGGCUUUUUGAAAGGAUGUCUUGCUGGACUCUGUUGCUGCUGGUGCCUGGACAUUUGUUUCUGAUGAGAACAGGACUAUAGAAGAUUGUAAUAACGUUACUGGGAGCACCUGUAGAAGCCAUUUAUAUUUUAUGUACAAGGGAUUGUUUCCUUGAUUAGUAGUUCUAUCACAUUCUUUAGCACAAUUUUUUUGUUUUUUUUUUCCCUGCAGGCCGACUACAGAAGCCUUUAGCUUUUAUAUGUGUAUUUACCAGCAUUUAUAUAAUUUUUCUAUUGAAAUUUUCU